AAAAUUUUGAUCAUACUUUUUAAAUAGCGUAAUGAACAGAAAAAAUGAUUGUAUAUAUAUUAUUUUAUUAUCACAUUUUUAUGGUAUUUAGACAAUAGAUAUGAAACAGAUUUUAAAAUCUACAUGUUUUAUUGUUUGUUGGUUCGGUUUCAUAAGAGGUAUUACUUAUUACAUUGAACCUGUUAAUCUUCCAAAUUGCUAUUUGGAUUUCAGUAAAACUGAUUAUAAAAUAACAAGUAAUUGCAAUGGUGGUGUAAAAUUUGUCCUUGUAAAAGGACUAAGUGGAGUUCAAGGUUCCAUUUCAUUUCAAUCUGCAGAAGACAAUAGUCUAUAUAUUCGUCAUAAAAGCUUUAUUGCUUAUCUUCACAAGUUUACUUUAUUUAAUAAUAUACCUCAAGAUGGAUCAUUUUAUAUCCUUCCAAGUAAUGAUAAUUUGUAUAUUAAGGUGCAAUCUACCAAUUAUCAAAAGCGCUUUCUUCAGAAAAAAAAUUUGGACUUUGGAAUUGAAGAAAGUUUGACUCCUGAUUCACAUUUUAAACUUCUUGUCUAUGACUUGAACAUCACAGUGAUAGAAAUAUUAAGUCAAGUUGGAUAUUCAGUCAAGGUCACCUUUAAUCUUAUCUCGAAUGUUUCAACAGGCUAUGUAGUUAAUUAUUUAAAUUUAAAUAAUGUAAUUUCUUCAAAUGCUACAAAUGGUUCAGCUGUUAUUGAUAAUCUUCAAAAUAGUAAUGCUUACUCUUUUUUUGUGGGUGUAAGAAAUGAAUUUGGCUUUUAUGUGUAUGGAAAGCAUUUUAACUAUCAAGCAAAUGAAAAUUAUUUGAUGAUUAAAAGAAUUGAAAGCAUUAACAGAUAUUCAGUUAUUGUUACUGUUAAUUCAGAUAUUCCAGUAUGGAAUUUAACAACAUACUUUGUAAUUAAAUGCAAUGAUCCGUAUAACACAAUAAAAGAUUAUCCUGUUACAAAUUACACAUGUGAAAUUUCUUCACUUCAAAGCUUCACUGUUUACAACUUUACAGCAGUUGUACUGAAUGAAUUAGGUUUGUUUGUGCAUGGGCAAGUGUUUUCCUAUAGAACAGAUGAAGAUGUUCCAACUGGUUGCCCCCGUAAUUUUACUGUUGCAACAGUCAACUUUACAACUUUGUUUUUGUCAUGGGAUGAAGUUGAGUAUUCAAAGCGAAAAGGAUUUAUUAUAAUAUUUGUUUAUUUGUGUAGCAAUACUGAAGUUACUAUUUCAAACACAGUUAGCAAUACUACAUUAAAUGUUACAGUAAGUAAUCUUAAUCCAGAUUCAUACUAUAAUUGCUGUGUUUCAGCAUGCACCAAAGUUGGUUGUGGUUUAAAAACUUGUGUGUAUAAUAACACUUUAGUCGGAAUUCCAAGUGGACCUCCUCUUAAUUUUGCAGUUAAACCAGUCAAUUUUUCAUCUUUAUUGUUGUCAUGGGAUAAGGUUGAAUAUUCUAAGACAAACGGAACAGUUGUUGGUUAUAAAUACUUAUGUAACAAUAAAUUAAAUCAUUGGUACACAGUUGACAACAAUACAUUUUAUGCAGUAGUGACCAAUCUGAUUUUCAAUACAACCUAUAAUUGUUCAAUUACAGCAUGCACAAAAAUUGGUUGUGGUGUUCAAACAUCUAUGCUUAAUACAACUUUAGAUGGAUUACCAGAAGAAAGUGCAGAAAUUACUUAUAUUGGUUACAUUAAUUCUUCGGCAAUUAAUAUCAGUUGGAAUGAUAUCUCGGUGUUAAAGUGGGGGAUACACGACAGUCAAUUAUUUUGUUUAGAUAUUGAAAACAGAUCACAGAUAGUAAAAACAGAAUGUAUUAACUACAAGAUUGCAAACUACAAUGUCAACAUUAAUGGUCUUGAUCCUUAUACAAACUAUACAGUGUUGGUCUAUUGCAAAAAUAAAGCUGGACUUGGUAUAAAGGAAAACAGCAAAAAGAAAUCAGUUUUAACAGAUGAAUUGCCACCAUCAAUUCCACCUAAAAAUAUAUCAGUUAUUUCAACCAAUACAAAUAACAUAUUAUUACAAUGGAAACCACCUGAUCUAAAUGAAUAUCAUGGUGUUUUAAAAAGUUAUAGUAUUUUAGUAAAAGCUGUUUAUUCAGAGUCAGUUUUUAAAGUUCAAAGUAAAAGAAAUAGACGUAAUCUUGACAUGCAAAUAUAUAAUGGCAGCUUGCUUUUAGAAUGGUCAACAAUUUUAAGUGAUCCUGAUACAACAUAUUUUAACAUUGCAAAUUUGUUUGGAAAUAUGAUUUAUAUAGUAAACGUAUCUGCUAACACAAAGUAUCAAGGAGUAUUUAGCUCUGGAAUUGAAGUUAAAACCAAAGUUGGAGUGCCUCUAGUUUCUGCUGUCAACUUUCGAUGUGGUAAAAUAACUUUUUAUUCUAUUACUGUAUAUUGGGACUCAACUCCUCCUGGGUAUCUUCAAGGAGUACUAACAAAUUAUAAUAUAGCUUAUAAAAAAGUUGUGAAUGACUAUUUUAAAAACGAUUCAUUACCUCAAAAUGCUGCUAGCUAUACUGUAAUCAAAACUGAUGCGUUCACUGAAUAUGUUAUAGUAUUGACAGCUUCAACCAAAGUUGGUAGUGGAAAAGAGUUGCAAGUAAAUUGUAAAACUGAUGAAGCAGUACCUAGAACAGCCCCAACUGGAUUGAAUGCUACAUCAUUUUAUUAUCCAGAUAAAACUUAUGUUUCAUGGAAUCACAUAAUUCAAGGAGAUUGGCAAGGAAAACCUUUGGGUUACAUAAUAGCAUAUAAGCUUCUUAAUCAAGGAGACUUAGAAAUUACUAAUCAAUCUUGGAUAAUGUUUAAUUUAUCUUAUGUCGAACAAUCAGUUCAACUUUAUGACCUUCAUGUUUAUUCCCGUUAUUCUCUCAAAAUAGCUGGUUACAAUAGGAAAGGUAUUGGACCAUAUAGUAGUAUAAUUACAUUUGAUACAUGUCAUAUCUUUGAUCCUGUCAUUGAAAUUGUUUACAUUUCAAUACCACCAUUUGCAAGUUCAAGUAUUUCCUCAUCAUAUCGACCAGUAGGUGUAAUGAUAGCAUCAACAGAACAAUCAUUGUUACUAUGUGCUGGUGCUUGUACAUCAUUUUCAAAAAAUAUUUCAUUUGUUUAUAAAGAGGUUAAAAUGACAAGUUUAGAGUUUGUAAAGUUCAAUUCAACAGCAAUAAAAUUACCUGUGACAGUGCCUGUACAGGUUCUUGAUAGUUCAUAUUCCUCGACUCUUCAGCUUCCAGGUUUUGUAUUUGUAUCAAUUCAAAAUAGUAUACAUGUUCAAUUAAAAGAAAAUGAACAAUUAGUUUUUGGAAAUAUUUAUAUUGCUUUGGGAACAUUUGGAAUCUUUGUUUUAUUGAAUUGUUUGUUUGGUGUUAUCUUGUUUUAUUGUCAACAUGAAAAUUCAACAAGACAAAGAAAAAGUCCAUGUUUUACUUUGAGUGGUAUAUUUGAAGAAAUAUACUUUUCUAUUAUUACAAUUACCACUGUUGGUUUUGGGGACAAGACUCCGUCAACAUUUUGUGGUAGAGUGUUAUUAAUAAUUUGGACAUUUAUUGGUCUUGCCUUGACUUCAAUAUGUGUGGGAAAUUUGAUUUCAGCUCUGACUGUUGAUGUUGUUAGCACAACCAUCUACUCAUAUCCAAAUGAUAACGUUAUUGCAAAGUUAGGGUCGCCGGAGUAUUUAUGGGCAAAUAAGAUAUCAUCGAUAAAGCUUCUUAAAGGUAAGAACCUUUCAAGUCAUGCAGACAUUUUAGAGGCACUAAAAGCAGGUGAAGCAAGGUAUGCUAUCUUAGACCAGUACACAAUUGAAGCUUACAAAGAUGUUUUAAAGAAGUAUGAUAUAAAAAUUGUAAAAGCUUUGAAUACUGACAGCUCUUAUUAUGGAGCGUCACUUGGUGGAAACUAUAGUGUACUUCAAUCAUGCAUGAAUCGUUUAUUAAAAAAUAAUUCUGCUAUGGUUGAUUUUGCAAUGUACGAUUUAAGAAUGGAUGCUAUCAAACAAAAUAACGCAAGUCAUUUGACUUUGGCUGAUAAGAAAGUUCAACUUUUCAGUAUUCAGUCGCCAAUCUUUAAAACAAUGUUAUAUGGUGUGGCAAUUACUCUAGUAAUAUUUUUAAUAGCUGGUGGCAUAUAUGAAGUUUUUAGAAUUAAGCGAACUAAAAAAGUUCAUGUUGCAACUGAUAUAGAUAAAAAACUCGCGUUCUUUCAAGAUAUGAAAAAUCUUUCUCAAGAAUAUUUAACUGAAUUUCAAACUAUGAUUGAAAGAUUACAGAUAAAAACUGAUCAACUUCUUUAUAAGCAUGCCGAACAGAGAUUGAAAUUAAGAAAUAGAUUUUCAAAGUUAUAUGGAGUAAACUUUAAAUAUGUAAACGUGAAUGAUCUAGGUGUGUCUCUGGAACAAAUUGCCGAGUUCAGAGAAGAAAUAAAGCGUCGUCCGAAGAAGACCUGUUGGGAAAGAUUUUCAGAAUACGUGGCAAAAAGAGUUUCAUGGUUACGCAUUAAGUUUGUUACUUUAUGUUAAAUUAAUAACAAUUUUUGCUUAAAUUAGCCAACAAGUGCUUGUAACGUUUGCAUCCGGAUAAUAAUUUUAUGCUACAUUAGUUAACAACUUUUUGUGUUUACACUUAAAAAAUAAUUUUUAGUUUUAGGUGUAAAAUAUAUAGAUUUUAUAUUUAAAUGUGUGAUAUUAGCUGUAAUUUGCUUAUGUAAAUGAUAUUUAAUAAUUUACAAAUAAAGUAAUAAGGCGAAAAUGUAGUUUUUUGAUGCACUUUUAUUUAUUUAAAAUAUA